UCGAUAUGGCAGCGCAGGCGCAUCAAAUCCGCAAGGGACGGAACCGGACCCACGUGGGCACUCGAUCGCGUCUGUAGCAACGCGCGCACCCCAGCCCGCCAUCUUUCUCACCACUUGCACCGGUUCCCGUUCUUCACUUCUGCCCCAAGGGCUAAUUCUACUUGCACUUCCUGUCUUUCGGUUCCGACAGGCUUGCAGUCACUCGUUUUUCAUGACACUCGCUCUCAACAAUGAUCUUCGCAAUUGAGAAGUGCUUGUGGCUCGUCCUGCUGCUCGCAGUCUUUGUGGCGGCGGCUCCGACUCCGGCGGAAUUUGGCAUUACCAAUCUGCUUCAGCCCGAGGCUGAAUCGACCUCUCCCUUCGCGGUUUACGGUGCGGGUGUAAAACCUUUCGGCAACCUGGCGAAUCCCUCGAAGGAUGGCCAAUUUUCCUCCGGAGACGACCCCUUCGCGGCCGUUUCAGAGACUACACCAGUGUUUCCGACAGGAAGCUCACCGAAGUCCGAAGAGAAUGCGACGUCCGCCCAUUUCAGCACUGCCGCAAUAUCAUCGCAGACUCAGAGCGCCGGCGCGACAAGCGCGGUUCGGUCGGACACUUUUGUGAGCGACUCUACGACGCCUCCCGCGUCCGCUGCCUCCAAGGCACCCUCCAGCUCGGUCCCUCCGUCAUCGGUGACGUCUUUCGCGCCUACACAGUCGUCCUCUUUGGCCUCAGUGUCGUCCGGUAGCAGCGCGGCAGAAUCGUCGGCCUCUGCGGUCUCGAACCAAUCGGUCGGGACUAGUGCAGUAGCGUCAAGCUCAGCUGAUCCGUCAAUUUCGUCCGUCACAGCUACUUCGUCGGUGCUAUCUACAUUUGCUCCCGCGCCGUCGAGUUCGUCGUCGCAAGCCGCGAGUUCCGUUCCGUCGCCGUCAUCGUCCGACACCUCCAUUCCCUCCGGCUCGUCCUCGUCUUCUCCUUCUGUUACUGCUUCCGGUGCAUCCUCUCUGGUAUCAUCAUCUGCGUCGUCCGCGACGUCGUCUUCAGUGUCGAGCACUGCAUCCUCAUCCGCACCAUCGCUGUCUGUAUCAUCUACCGUUGUCUCUACCUCACUCUCUCAAUCUGUCUCGGCUGUAUCCUCGUCUGUGUCAGCAACAUCCUCCGUCUCCGCGUCCAGUUCAGCCUCUACGUCACUUGCUUCUUCAUCAGCCGUGCUGACUUCCUCUGGAACCAUCGCCUCGUUGUCGGCUUCUGCGUCGGCGUCGACGUCGGACACAGUAACAGCUGUAUCUUCGUCAAUUACGCAGACGUCUUCGGUAGGCAAUUCGACUGCACCAUCGUCCUCGGUUCCUGCAUCCUCGGCUUCUUCGUCAUUCACGUCCUCGUCGGGAGGCAACGCCACGGCUUCCAGUUCUAUUGCAACAUCAUCUGUGACUUCUGUCGUUGCUACUUCCUCAUCCAUUUCGACGGGCAACGCGACUGCUUCUCGCACCGUUCUAUCUACGACAGGAACACCCACGACCUCCUCGUCCGCGUCAUCUCCGACUGCAACAACCGGCCCGUCGGAGAUUGCAGCCUACCUGGAUGCGCACAAUUCCUACCGUGCCGAGUACGACGCCGCCGCCCUCACGUGGUCUACCGAACUGCAGGCGGCCGCGCAGGGCUAUGCCGACAGCUGCCAGUUCGCGAACCCCGCUGGCGCGCUGGGUGCUGUGGGCACGAACCUUGCGGCGGGCACGGGAAUGUUUGACCCGACGGCGGCUGUGACGCUGUUCAUGAGCGAUGCGUCCACGUACGAUCCGGGGAAUCCGACGUUCUCGCACUUCACGCAGGUCGUGUGGAAGAACACGACGGAGCUGGGGUGCGCCGCGGCUGUGUGCGAUAGUAUAUUCGACGAGCCGGCGACGUAUCAUGUCUGUGUGUACGCGCCGACUGGUAACGUCAUUGGGCAGGCGCAGCAACACGCGGGCACGUGCAUUCACGGACGCGUCUGUGGCGGGGCGCGAUCCAAUCUGGAUCGGAGCGCGAAUCUGGAGUAUGGCUCUCCGAGCCAGUUGCAGCAAUUACCCUUGUCUACUCAGUCAAAGAUCCGGUCAACUCAGAUCCUCACAUCCCUGCCUCAAAUCAUAUCUGAGCUUGUCCAAAACUCACUUGAUGCUGACUGCGAAGACUGGGCAUGUUGGGUCCGUGAUGACGGAAGCGGCAUUGGGAGAGACGACUUCGAUGCGCUAGCAAGUGGUGGUCAAGCCGUCCGGUAUAGUACGUCGAAAGCGUACUCACCCGCGUCGUUAGAUGAGGUUUCCACAUUCGGCUUCAGAGGCGAAGGGUCUCUCAUCGACGCAACACUGAAUUCUUGCGUAAAGGAAGGUGCGACACUAUAUCACGGCCCAUCGCUGAGAUGGCGAAGAGAGUCUCCGGGCACGGUUGUCUCCGUGCGCGACGCAUUUUAUAAUACGUUCCCACCCGUCAACUGCCAGGACACUGGAUUCAUACGGCGAGAUAUCGAGACAUUCGCUUUAAUGUUCCCGGACGUACACUUCUCCGUGGAGAACGUCCAUAAAACCAGGCAUGGCACGAGUGGAUCGGGUAAAGUAAUGAUCGUGCCUAAGACAGGUUCGACAGUAGCGACUUUUCGUCAUCUGUACGGCCGCGCCUUGGCAGAGCAUGUAGAAGAGCUUCAUGAACAAAUGGAAGACAUGAGGUUGGAAGGUUUCCUCAGCCUGGACGGGUCACCCUCAAAGACAUAUCAGUACUUAGACAUAAACAGACACCUCAUGUCGCCUUGUGACUUGCAUCGCGUCAUUGAGAGCAAGUUCUCCAGAAGCACUUUCUCGAAGCAUGCAUUUGACGAGGAAGGAGAAAUGAGCCAGCCCCGAUCUGGUACACGACGUUCGCCACGCAAGUCUGAGAAGAAACCCGUCUAUGUGUUGAACUUGACGAUUCCGCCACGACAAGUAGACAACUGCCUCGAGCCAGCCAAGGCGGCAGUGCAUCUACAGAGCAGCGAAGCGGUCUCUGCCUUUUUGUCCUCUGUUGUCGAAGUCUUUCUAGUCCGACAUGGUUUCCUCCACCCGACGAUACCUAAGCCACGUCAGGCCCGAGAGUACACCAACAGUCCUACGCCUAAGAAGAGAAGAGUGUUGCGGUCCUACGACAAGCAUAUCGAUAUGCCAGAGGUAGCCGGGUCUUCGAAGGACGUUAAAGUCCGCAGUAACAAUCACCCUCGAAGAGCCUCACCGCUUGUCUUGGUGCCCACUGCUGACACCGGUGAUGCUGUCGAUGUUCCGGAGACCAUGUGGACAGACCCCGCAAAUGGCGAAACGUUCAUCGUUGACACGCGCACUGGCAACUCGUAUCCCUUGCAUUCACGCACGGCGGAAGAGAGCGGCGAAGGAUCACAGGGAAGAAGAAUAGUCCGGACGACUGGCCGCCGGGGGUUGACGCAAAGAAAUGCCGGAAUGGAUCAGAAGCGCUCUCGAGAUGUUGAUACCGCCGUUGACGAAGAAGCAGUAGGCGUGCGCACUCGGGUACUUCAGCCUCCUACCCCGGUCCUCCUCACUCGACGUGAGGUGGACGGAUACGUAACGAAGAGGUCCGAGAAGCGUUCCGACGUUGGGGUAUCACCUUCUCGGCCAACGACGAUCCUGGUGCCGGAGCUUCUCGCUGGUGAUGAACUUCGGGAUCUCGUCAAGGGCUACAUAGCCAAGCUAGACACGGAAGGGGCGCCGACGUCGACACCUGCGUUCCGCGCGAUGGACCGUGAGGACGAGGAGCCAACGACAACAUGUGGUGGCAGAAGGCGAUGCGGUGGUGUCCCCACGAGCUGCACGAGCUGGUCAACUCCAAAGCUUGUCGAGGAGCUAGCAUGUUCAACGACACCUUGACCCACGCACAGUGCACUCGCCUUGUCCAUCAACUGGCACAGACCGCACUUCCGUUCCAGUGUGCGCAUGGAAGGCCGUCUCUUGUGCCUCUGACUGAGAUCGGUUCUAGCCAGGAUGGAGCUGGCCGAAAUGUACAAGGGAGCGUACGUGCAAGGGUCAUAGACUGGGCGGCGUAUGUGCAAUAGCUCCGAACGGAGCGGUGUAUAAGACAUACGAAGGUCUCGACGCCGAUCCUUUUUCAUCGUCAGUGGAACAAGUCUUCAGACUCUGCAUGAUCAAUGGCGGCUGCGACCAUGGCCAGAUGCUAGGGCACAAAUGUGCGUGGUCAGAGCGUAUAGCAGGAC